ACAGUCUAAGAUUGAAGGAGUACUAAGCAAUAGUAAAACCAUCCGCACAAAUGGUGCUGUUCAAAUCACCGCAUCCAGAUGUUGAGGUGCCCUUGGACAUCACAACGUGGGAAUGGCUCUUUGAGCCGGGCCCAUACUCGCCCCUGUACAAGUCGCCAGCGGAGCCUUUAGCAGGUUACAUCGAUGCCAAUACCAAAGAAAGGCUCGACUGGGCCCAAGUCAAGACCAAGGCGACGCAAUUGAGCACGGCGUUGAUCCAGCAGUAUGGCUUCCAGGCUGGAGAGACGGUGUCUCUCUUCAGUACCAAUACCAUUUGGUACCCUGUGGCCAUGUGGGCGGUAAUCCGGGCCGGCGGAAGAGUCAACGGAGCAUCACCAGCCUACAAUGCCGAGGAAAUGACACAUGCCUUGAAGACAGCAAAGUCGAAGAUCCUCAUCACAUUACCGUCAUCUUUGGAUGUCGCGCUGGACGCGGCUCGAAACGCUGGAAUCCCACAAUCCAACGUCCUCUUACUGCAAGGCUCCAAGCAAGGAUUCACCAGCAUCCAGCAAUUGAUGGACAUUGGCGCCCGAUCCACGCCGCCGGCGCCAUAUCGUAUCCCCAAGGGCAAGACGAAUGCACAAGUCUGUGGAUACUUGAACUUUAGCAGUGGAACGACGGGGUUGCCUAAGGCGGUUAUGCUGUCGCAUCAUAAUAUCAUUGCCCAAUGUCAUCAGCUCAAGCAGAUCCAGGCGAAAGGCCGGUACCGAAUUUUGGCUGUCAUGCCGUUGUUCCAUAUUACUGGUUUGGUUCGAUUCUGUACUUACCCUGUGCUCAUGAAUGGCAAUUCCGUCAUGUUGCCGGCGUUCACGAUGCCUGCAAUGUUGAAAGCAGUGGUCGAGUUCCAAAUCAACGAACUAAUCUUGGUGCCUCCUAUCAUCAUCCGGAUUGUGCGAGACAAGAUUGUCGAUGACUAUGAUUUACGCCAUGUCGAUCGGUUCUCUUCUGGUUCCGCGCCCAUCUCACCAGAAAUUAUAGGACUGCUACAGAAAAAAUUCCCUUGGUCAGGAUUCAGACAAGGGUAUGGGGCCACGGAGUCAACGGCCUGUAUCUCCGCCCAUCCUCCCUCGCACUAUGACUACAAGUAUGCCACGACGGGGGGUCUGUUGGUGGCAAAUACCGUCGCAAAAGUAUUGGAUCUCACUACAGGCAAAGAGCUAGGACCGGGCGAGACGGGAGAAAUCCUGGCAAGGGGCCCACAGAUCGCGAUGGGCUAUCUAGAUAACCCCACAGCAUCCGCAGAGACAUUUGACAAGGACGGGUUCUUCCAUACUGGAGAUGUGGGGAACAUUGACGCCGAAGGACUGAUUCACAUUGAAGACAGGAUCAAGGAGAUGAUCAAGGUCAAAGGCCUGCAAGUGCCCCCCGCCGAAUUGGAGGACUUGCUGUUGGGACACGAAAAGGUGGAGGAUUGUGCUGUGCUCGGGAUACCGGACGACUAUGCUGGGGAAAGACCCAAGGCGUACAUCGUGUUGAAGAAAGGGAUCGAGCCAAACACUGAGGUGGGCCGUGAGUUGUUGAAGUUUGUCAAAGAUCGAAAGGUACGAUACAAGUGGAUUUCAGAGAUCGAAUUCACCGAUGAGGUCCCCAAAAGCGGCACCGGCAAGCUGUUGAGGAGAGUACUGAAGGUGCGGAACAAGGAGGAGGGACGGAAAGGGGUCUGGGUUCAAGAUGACACAGAGAGAGCAAGGCUGUAGGUCGUGGGGUUUUCAGGUUGGUGAGAUGUGCAUGUGGCGUUUCU